AUGCAACGCAAGGAGAAGGACGUGCGCAAGCCACGACCACAGCAGCUCGUAUUCUCCACGAAGAAGGUGGGACGUAAGUCAAAGGCGCGUCAACAACCACAGCCGUCGUCUAAGGAAACGGCAAAACCUGCUGUGCAGCAACACCAAAGCGAGACCAACGCCCCGUCUCAUGAACCAGCGCGACACCGUUCAGGUCGUAGCCAUGGCUGUAGUCACUCGGUGAAGCACAUGCGGCCGUCACGUGCGCUUCUGCAGAGUGACCACGUGACGGUGGCGCAGUGCGUGCGGACAAUGGUGGAGCGAAAGACGGAUGCCGCUCUGCUGAUGGAUAGGAACGGUCUACUUACGGGUAUUCUCACGGACAGAGACGUUGCGGUGAAGGUAGUGGCAGUCGGCAGAGAUCCUAAUACGACACUGGCGCACGAAGUCAUGACCCCUGACCCAUCGUGCGUACCAGCUAAUGCUAGUGCUAUCGACGCACUGAAGACCAUGAUUUCAGGGCAAUUCCGCCACUUGCCGGUGACAGACAAUGGAAAAGUGGUGGGUAUUCUGGAUAUCGCCAGGUGUUUAUACGAAGCCAUUGCAAAGCUGGAGGACGCGUACCGGAAAUCAUCCGACCGUCUUGAAGAGACGGUGAAAAAGCUGCAAGACAGUCUAUCCAGAUCGACGGAAGCUAAUUUAUUUGAGUCCUUGCGACAGAAGCUCUUUUUGCCGACACUCUCAGCAAUUAUCAUGGAAGGCUCCGAGGUGCCGAUUCUGGGUCCGAUGUCAUCAGCUAUGGAUGCAGCACGCCUGAUGCUAAUACAAAAAACGAGCGCUGUUAUGAUUUGCAAUGAAGCAGCUGAGUCUGUGGGUAUUUUUACGUCGAAGGAUUUGAUGCGCCGUGUGGUUGCUGUGUCGCUGGAGCCCAGUCAUUGCUUGCUUUCCGACGUGAUGACGCCAAAUCCUCAAACAGCUACACUGGGAACGACGAUCUUGGAGACGCUUCAUUCAAUGCACAAUGGACAGUUUCUACAUGUACCCGUGUUUGACUGUGGUACAAAGUUGGUAGGUAUUGUUGACGUGCUGCAAGUAACGCACGGCGUCGUUCAGCAAAUGGGCACGUUUCAGAGUGUGAAAAGUGAUAGUGUGCAGCCGUUGUGGGAUCAGUUUCGUAGCAGCUUGAAAAGCGUAAACGACGCGACCAAUCAUGAUGUGGAUGUCGAGGAUAAUGAAACAAACGUAGGCGUCGCUGAUGCGGACGCAGAUGGUGUCGACAUUGCAUCUCUAGUAGGGCGCCAGUCCUGGAAUGAUUUUCAGUCGUCGAACGGUAUUAACGGCACAGGCGACCCGACAAUACAGGAUGAGAGUCCACUGAAUGAGACGGAGCAUGCACCGGAUGCAUUUGUUUACAAGCUUGCUGAUUGCUACGGUAACAACCACCGAUUUACGAGCUCUGCUGUGUCCGUAAAGGAGCUUCUUGUGGACGUGCAAAACCGACUAGGCGAUAAUACUAUUUGCAGAGUCCUAUAUGUCGACGACGAAGGCGACCAUAUACUGCUAUCGAAGGAUUCAGACUUGAAGGAUGCUGUGAAUCGAGCACGCACCUGGGGCAACAAGUACAUCCGCUUAAUGAUCCCCCAUUACCGCCUUGCCGUACGUCAAGCGCUAGCCCACAACUCAGAUACGGCGAUCGGUAUGGUCGUAUACGCCGCUGCUGUGGCUGCAGUCGCUGGCGCAUCGUUCUUCUUGAGCAGGCGAAAAUGA